UUGCGAACGACGUGGAAUUGUACAUUGUAUGCAUUCUUGGUGUGUUGUUUUUUUUUCUCGUACACGAUCUCGCGCGAUGAAAGAGACAGGGACAGAAAGAGAAAGAGAAAAAGCGAGUUAUUUUCCUUAAACUAUGGUAGUAGUGAAUUGAAAACAAAUAACUGAAUGAAUAAAAAACUAUAUAUUCUUGACUGUUGGAAUACACAGUUAUUCGUUGUAUUGCAUAUCGGAUGCAAUUGAGUAUGUGUUUUUUGCAAGUUAUCGUUUUAUUGCGGCAACACUGAACCCUAUCGGACUGGUAUACCGUAACCAAGAUUGUGUCAGGUGGACAGGUGAACUGAACUGAAGCAUCGAUAUUAUUUUAUUGGAUAACAAAAGUGUAAAGCAUAGCAUUUUGUAUAACAAUAAAAAAAAAUCAAGAGAGCGAGAGAAAGAGAAAGGGGUGUUAGGUUUACAAAAAAAAAGUCGAAACAAUUUGAUUUAUCGUGAUAGUGAUGAAAGUAGAAAAAUCAGAAAAACGAACACAUUGUGAUUUUCUUUACUUUGAUGCGGUUUUUCGACACUAAAAAACGAUUUAAUUUCACAAUUGAAUAUUUUUGCAAAAAAAAAAAGAUUUAUCGUCUCAUAUUUACAUUGUCCACAAUUGGCUUCGCAUCCCGUGUGCCGUUUCAAAUUGUGUGUGCAUGAUUCAUAAUUUGAUUUUAUUGUUGAGGUGUCCCUGGAGUGUACCAUCAUAAAAUAAAACAAAACGAUGAAAAUAAGAUCAAAUUUUACCAAAAACAAACAUACCAUUUAUGUUGAUGAUGGUGAUGACGAUGAAGAAGAAUAAAACAAGCCGACAACGAAUGAUGAAUAAGUGAAACUCAUCUAUUUUGUUUUUUGUCUUAAGAGAAGAAAAAAAUUAUAAAUAAAAACCAAACCCAAAAAAACCGCAUUCACAAAAUACAACAGUUACAGUUAUCAUCAUUGCAAACAAAAUUACCAUUGCUAUACACGACGACGCAUUGUGAAAAUUAAGAAUAGAACAACAACAAAAAUAACUAAAUAGGAAAAUCAAGAAGCGAAAAAAACCAGUAGAAGAAGGAAAAUUCAGUUGAAAAAAGGGCAUUGGGAAAAAGGGAAUUUUUGUGCAAAAAAAAAAAAAAGAAACCGAAGAGAAGAAGCAGAAAAACGACAGAAGAAAAUCUACCAGCUCAUCAAAAUUUAUGUAGAUUUGAGUGUAUGUUUGGUUGUGCUACAACAAGCACGACGCGGUGUGUACAUAAUUAUACGCUGUGCGUUUUGUGAGCGGGAGCGAGAGAGCAAAUAAAAAGGACGAAGAAAGUAAAAAUUGAAAUGGUUCUGAAGUAAAUUGUUUAGUUCUUCGUUUAGUGGAUGUGUAUAUGUGUUCUGGUUCAGUGUUUACCAUGAUUGUUACUAGUACAAAAGCAAAAUAAAAACGUGAAAAACGCUACAUACAGCAUAACAAACGGUUUCGGUUGGAAUUUAUACUAUUUAUUGUGUGCAAAAAAAAAAAGAAAAGAAAAGAGAGUGAGAAAGUAGAAGAAGAAGAAAUAAACAAGUGCGGAACAGUGCGGAACGACAAGACACGAGAAAAAGAUUCGAGUAAAGUGUGUAUGCAAUGUUUUCUGUCAAGCAGCUUGUGCUCGUCAACAACGAUUCGGAAAAUAUGCUCUAUGACAUCGAUGCUGUCAUCUCAUCUAGCACGAUUAAAAAAAAUCCCCAACUACACCAAAAGUCAUCGCAGUCAAUCGCAACAUUUGAAUCGAACUAUUUGUUUAACUAACAACGAAAUUUUCCGAAAUUAUUUGUUCACAAAAGACAAAUAAAUAAGAUAAAAGAAGAGAAAGAGAUUGCGAGCAUAGAACAUAUUGUGGAAAAAGUGAAUAAAAAGAAAAAUAAAAGAAAACAUAAAAACGAAAUAAAUAUUGAAAAUUUAUCUACAGCAAAUUUUAUCAUCCUUCGAUGUGAAGUUGCCAGUCCGGUGCUGCAGAUGAUAGAGGAGGGCGGAAAAGACAGAGUGUGUAGUGUUCGUGCGACGAGAACGACGGCGACGGCGAAGACAGCGACAGCUCGAGAAAAAAGAAACAAUAAUACUUGCACACAAAAUCGAAAGAGAAAGUUGUAAGAGAAGCGCGACAGUGAAUGAGCGUGUUCGCGAAAUAAAUGGAAAAAACAGAUAGAAUCUAGUAUACUAUACUGUAUAUACACAUCGACCAAAGAUAUCUGAAGCUAUCAAUUGGAAACAUUCGAUACAAUUUUUCUUUUCAUCGAAUUGGUAUGCGGUUUAAAUAGCAAACGAUCACAUUCGUACGUAAUUCAAACUGCUUCCAGCAGACACGGAAGAUAUUUAAAAAAAAAAGACGAAGAAGAAGAGGAAAACCCACAACCGCACAUAAACACACAAAAAUGGUUUUCGAUUUCAAACCAUUUAAGCAAACCACGUCGAGUUGUUUCUACGCUAUUAUUUUAAUGGUGCUAAGCGGCCUGCAUGAAUUAAGAUGUAAUGAACAUGCUCUGGAUUUUCAAAAGAACAUUCCAGUUCGUGUUGUUUGGGCAGUUAAGGGAAAAGAUGUCGAUUUACCAUGCGAUAUAACGACAUCGGUUCCAGGCGAUUAUCCAAAGUUAAUAUUGUGGUUUAAGGAUACCACUGGCAUUCCCUUAUAUAGCAUCGAUUCACGAGAACGAAAUGUUAAAUUUGGAACACAUUCGGCAAUUGCCAGUGAUUUGGGUGAGCGCCUUUUUUUCGCCAUCGAUGACAAUAACAGUAAAAAUGCACGGCUUCAAAUAAAAAACGUACAAGAUACCGAUGGCGGUGUGUACCGGUGUCGAGUGGAUUUCUUCAAUUCAGCGACACGAAACUCACGGAUUAAUCUCACACUAGUUGUUCCGCCCGAUGAGCCGCGGAUAUUUGAUACGCAUGGUAAGGAAAUAACAACAAUAGCCGGACCAUUUCGUGAGGGUCAGGAAUUUUUUCUAUCGUGUCAAGUGAGCGGCGGAAAUCCACCGCCGAAAGUAUCAUGGUGGCGAUCAGAUGUCGAAAUACCUGGUCUGAAUCAUCAAUCAAUUGUAACGGGCGCAGUUAUAAACAAUAUACUGAUGCGAGUCAUACCCAGGGACUAUUAUGCAACGAAAUUAACAUGUAGAGCUCAGGGAACUACAUUAAUUGAUCCAGUCGAAAAAGAAGUCACUGUCCAACUUCAUCUGAAACCACUUAAAGUUAAAAUAGUCUCAUCCAAUGAAAUAUUAACUGUUGGUGUCAAAUCGCCACUACGAUGCGAAGCAUGGGGCUCAGCACCACCAGCGAAAAUAUCGUGGUUUUUGGAUGGAAUACCAGUAAUAAAUGCCGAAAUUACAGCCCAUACUGAUAGCAGUGAUGAGGGUGGAAAUAAAACAGUGAGCAUCGUUCCGCUGGCAGUUGUGCCGGAAAAUAAUGAUGCUGAAUUGGUGUGUCGUGCAUCGAAUCCAUGGUUUCCCAGCGACAUAAUCGAAGAUAAGAGAAUCAUUAAAGUGGCCUAUGCGCCUAGUGUGUCAGUGCACUUGGCUAACGAAGAACCGAUUCCCAGUCGUUUAAUUAUUCGGCCGGAACGUGAAAAUGUGACGCUGAAAUGUCGUGCGGACGCCAAUCCGCCGGUGGAUUCGAACAGUUAUGGAUGGUUUAAAAAUGGUAUGCGAAUGUCUGGUGAAAAUACGGAAACAUUGCAUCUCAUAAACCUCGAACGACAAAACAUCGGUGAAUAUUCAUGUUCGUCGAAAAAUGAUUUGGGUGAAAAUCACAGUUCAACACUAACUUUGCGUGUGCAAUAUGCACCGCGAUGCAAACCAGGCACAGAACAAUCGUCGGUAGGCUCUAUAAAUAUGCAUUCGAUUGAUGUACGGUGUGAAGUCGAUGCAGAUCCGGCUGAAAAUAUUCGCUUCAGUUGGACGUACAAUAAUACGAGAAAUGUGUCGCCGGUACUAAAUUCGAGAAUAACGUCAAAUGGAUUAGUUAGUACGAUGACAUAUCUUGCACCUACUGAUUCCGAGCUAACACUGGCAUGUUGGGCAAGCAAUGCAGUCGGUCGUCAAGAAAUCCCAUGUUUAAUUCAUAUAAUACCAGCCAAAUUGCCCGAACAACCGAAAUACUGUGAACUCAGAAAUGAUACAAUAUUCGAGGUUGUAUGCACGGGUGGUAACGACGGUGGUUUACCGCAAUAUUUUCUGCUUGAGGUGGUUGGUGGCAAUCCCGUGAGUCCUGAUUUUAGUAGAAAUGAUUUUGACAAUAACAUGAACACCAAUGAAAUAUCAACAAUGAACGAUCAAGCAACAACAGCACCUUUGCGUCGAAUUAAGGAGUCUCUUCCCGAAUUUAAGUUGUAUGAUUUAGAACCGGGUCGUGAAUAUCAAUUUUUAGUGUACGCUGUAAAUGCAAAGGGCCGAAGUCAUCCACCUGUCGUAAUGCAGGGAAAAACGUUUAACGACAUCAUUGGACCGCAUGAUGAGACCAUUUUAUCGGAGGAUCCACCUACGGAAAUCUCAAAACAGGAAAAACAAAGACAAUCAACAAUGAUUAUUAUUGGAGCCGGAGCAGCAGCAUCUUCAGUUAUUGUAGCUUUAUUUGCUGUGCUGUGCCGACGAUCACGACCAACACAAGUGACCGAUCCAAAACCAACAUCAACCGAACACCAGAUGAAACGAUUGAAACCAACACGAAUGCCAUCCAUGUAUGCAGCAGAAGAAGAUGGGAUUGACGAUUACGGCCGAUGCGCAGAUGUACGAUGUACACGAACGAUAGGUGGUCAAAGCACCAGUCACUUCAUAUCUGAAGGUUUUGUACAAUAUUCACAGCCUAGUUUCAACGGUAUGGUCGAAUUGUAUCAGUCUAGUGCAAGCAUCAAUAUGUGUUCUUAGCGAAUUCCGAACGAUUUUUAGGUAUGAUAAUUAGAUAAACAAAAUUUUCUACAAACCAAACAAACAAAACCAGUUGAAUAAUUUUAACCAUUUAUAUUAAUAUUAUCAAGUAACGAGAUACUGAUUCGAAUUAGUCUUCAAACAAAGAAAGAAAGAAUGAUAUAUAUAUAUAUAUAUAUGGAAAAAAAGCUGAUUGUAAUCUAAAUGAACGUUCUCUUUUAAAAAGAAAAUGCAUAUAUUUACUGUCGGUAUAGUCUCUUCAGGAUGCAUUUUCCCUUGCAUUUUAAAAUGAUUGACACAAAAGGGAAAAUGGAAAUUAAACAAGAGAUAUAGAAAGACAGUAAACGCAGAGAGGCUAUUCAUUGUGCGGUAUUUGUGCUUUUGAACUAAAUGUUGUUGUAUUUAAUCGACGGUCUCUGAAUAAACCAAUCCAAAAAAAUAUAUAUAUAUAUAAAAAAAUUGUACGGCUAAAAUUGCGAAAAUAGAUAAACUUUUAACAAAGAAAUAAAUAACAACAAAAAUGUACAUAAUUUUACGGAGAGAAAAAAAAUGGGCGAAGAAUGAAAAAAAGAGAGUACCCAACAAACCAUUAAUUUUAUUCAACCUUUCAAAUUUUAUUAUUAUGCUAAAUUGGACUGGACAUUACGAAACGGGAAAACCAUUUUACCAAAGUAAAUGAACGUUGUAUGAAAAUGAACACAAACACUCUAUAAAUAUAUUGUAGUUAAAAAAGUGAGACGAUGAAUUCAAGAUACUGUCUAAGAUAUUAUGUAAAAGAGAGAUAAAUUAAACAAAAUAUUAAGAAAAAUAAGAAGGAAAGGAAAGUUUAUAUGCUGCGAGCAAAACAAAAAUCGUAUGUACAAAAUAAAAUCUAUCUUAUAACACUGUUUUUAUGCUCAACUGACAAAUGAAACGAAUUGAAUCGUUUUCUUGGACGUUCUUUUUUUCCAAAUAGAAGAAUAAAACUGAAACAAAAAUAACAAGUAAAACGCAUUACAAAUUACCGAUAAAAGUAUCAUCAUUAAAUUCAAAUCUUUUUUUUAUUGUUUGAAAUUUAAUAUUAAUGUAUAAUUUUUCCGUCUUUAGACGCUAUUGCAAACAAAACCAAAGCCAAUCGGGCGCUAAUACUUAA